CCCGUGGGAGAAGCGGACCGACGUCCACAGGGAGCGAACGCCGCGUCGGGGAGAGACGGCGCGAUGUGGCCCUUCGUACCGCUGCUGCUGCUGCUGCUCGGCCUGCUCCGACCCUGCGCCGCCGAAGACGCGUUCACACAGCGGUGUGACUCAUCUACAGAUGGCACUAUUUACACAUACCGCGCAAAGACACUGAACGGGAGUCGCACCGUCAACUUGAGUGAAUACGCAGGCAAGAGUGUCCUCAUCGUCAACGUGGCUACAUACUGAGGGUACACCUUUCAGUAUGCGGAACUGAAUGCACUACAUGAGGACAUGAAACCCCUUGGGCUCACCAUACUUGGCUUUCCCUGCAACCAAUUUGGGAAACAGGAACCAGGGCAAAAACAUGAAAUCCUGCCAGCUUUAAAGCAUGUCAGACCAGGUAAUGGAUUUGUUCCAAACUUCCUGCUGUUUGAGAAAGGUGAUGUGAAUGGAAAAGACGAGCAAGAGAUUUUCACUUUCCUUAAGAAAUCCUGCCCUCCAGUUGGAGACAACUUUGGUAACACUGAUAAGAGGUUGUUCUGGGAGCCUUUGAAGAUCAGCGACAUUAAGUGGAACUUUGAGAAGUUUCUGGUGGGGCCAGACGGGAAGCCCGUGAUGAGGUGGCACCCGAGUGUCAACAUUUCUUUGGUCCGAGUUGAAAUUCAUAGGUACCUGCUCCAACGCUACACCCAGGAUUUUUUUAAUUAGAUAUCAGAUCCAUCAUAGAGGAUUGUCCAUCUAAUGAAGUAACUGUAAUGACAUAUACAGGAUAAGUAGAGCAUAGGCAGAAUGUAAAAGAGUAAUGUUAACAGUUUCUGAUACCUGAAGAUGGCAUGUAGAAUGAAGAGGAGGCUUGAAAACAGGAUCUCUGUGGUGCCUCCUCAGAGUCUGGGGCUCAGGCCAGCUCUUCAGUGCAUUCAGGCUGCCCUGCAAUCCCACGGCAUCAUGUCAUCUUCCCUGCCCAGGACCUGUUAGCCAUUACAGCGUAAAUACUGAUUACUUUCUUUCAAUAAAUCCUGGAGAACAACAAA